GGCAUGCAGACACGUCCCAACGUAGCUUACCGUUUUCAGUUUAGAAACACAUGUUGGAACAUUAGCAAAAAGAACUGAAAUUCAUGUGAUGUUGCAGUUGUUCAAUUGUGCUCUAGUUUUCUCUAUGUGCGUGUCGCGAAAGUUUUUCACUACAAAAUAAAUAUUACAUCGUUGCUUUGUGUUGCAUGCGGAGUGCUCGAGCAUUCUGCAGUAGACGUUUCCAAAAUUCGCGUCAAAAACAGAGAACCCGUACCUGUCUACGCGAUGGAAAUGGAUCCACAUGAAAGGGAUACUGACAUGGAGGAUAGUCCGGUACUGACAUGAGAAGACAAUAACACCCCCCGAAAGUCACAUCCACAUCGCUUCUUUAAUAAUAAUCGUCGAAAGUGGAAGGAAUGGCUCUAAACUUAACCAAAUUUGUCGAAGAAGGCCUAAAGUCACAUAAUGAGGAGGAAAUGAGCGAGGGUGAGGCCGAUUCGGCCCGCGAGCAUGAGGAUGCCGAUAGUUGUGACGAAAUUAGAAGACACACCGGACUCAUCACUGACCACGAGGAUGUUCUCGCCAAACUGAAGAUGCAAGUGCGGGACAUCAAGGUACAGGAGGACUUCGAUAGUAGACACCUAAGCUUCCCAAUGCCAAAUAGAACAUCAUCAGCGCCAGAUAGUUUUCAAUUACCAGUACCUUUUCCCUUUCAACACCCGGCCGCCGCAUUUUUACCACCUUUAGCACCACAACCCGCGGCGCCUUCGUCGGGUAGUUCACAUUCGUCGGAGGGUAGCGUUUCGUCCCAACAGACAUGGUCGUUCGAAGAACAGUUCAAACAGGUGCGUCAGUUAUACGAAAUUAAUGACGACCCAAAAAGGAAAGAGUUCCUCGAUGAUCUCUUCUCAUUUAUGCAAAAACGAGGCACGCCGAUUAAUAGAUUACCAAUUAUGGCGAAAGCGGUAUUGGACCUUUACGAAUUGUACAAUUUAGUGAUAGCGAGAGGAGGACUAGUCGAUGUAAUUAACAAAAAACUAUGGCAGGAAAUCAUUAAGGGACUUCGCUUACCUUCUUCGAUUACUUCCGCCGCAUUUACGUUAAGGACGCAGUAUAUGAAGUACCUGUACCCAUAUGAAUGUGAAAAACGUCGCCUUUCAACCCCAGCCGAACUUCAAGCAGCAAUUGAUGGCAAUCGUCGCGAAGGUCGGCGUAGUAGUUACGGUCAAUACGACAGUAUACAAAGAUCUCCCAUUCCUUCAUCCCAAAUGUCUCCUUUGUCUCUGGUCUCGCAACAUCAGCAGUUAACAGCUCGCAUGAAUUCGGUCAUGAGUGGCGGUAUCAGUUUGCACAAUGGUGCGCAUCACCCAAGUCACCCGCAACCUUUAGGCCUUCCACUAAACGGCGGACCAAUUCCCGGCUUGGCACCCAGUGAAGUCGAGGCCCGCAUGAUGGAGUACGUCAAAUUGCUCAGCAAGGAAGUUAGAAGCGCAGCGUCAACACCUCCCCGACAAGGCGAAGCGUCACCACCAAGUGCGACAUCACCGCUGAACCCCUUCGAAAUGUCACGCAUGGCCUUAUGGAACUUAUACAACAAUAACCAAGUACAACCCGAACCACAGAAAGAAGCCCUGAACUUGUCAGAUCCCGCCCCACACCUUCCGUUACCACCCCCGCAGUCCCCAAUAGUCAAAAGAGAAAUCGAAAGAGAGUCACCACCACCAAAAAAAUUUCUAAAGGACGACGACGAAUCAAGACACACACCCGCAACGACGCAUAUAAAAAUAAAUAGUAGAGGGGAUUCGCGCAGUGGAGACAAUUCCUUAGUCGUUAGUAUGGAACUCAACGGUAUUACGUACCAAGGGGUUUUAUUUGCACAAUCGCCAACUAGUGGAAGGACCGCUUUAGCUUCGUAAAUUAUUUUUUAAGAAACACGUUUCGCGCGAACUUUAUUUAUUAUUAAUGAUGUUUCAAUACUAGAUAUGCAUGUUCUUAACGAAUUUUAUUAUUAGAUGUUAUUGUGCUUGUACAAACCGUUGUGUGCGUCAACUUCCAUGGAUUAAGGUCAGUAUUCACCUAUAAUGUGAAAAUCACUUUCAAUCUCGAAUUCGUUAAGCUUGUUAACUGUGAUUCGAUUUCAGUUAUAAGUUAUAUACAAUAGGCCAGUUCUUCUGGAAAUUCAGAAUACUUUCCAAUUACUAACUCUUGCGUAAUUGUAAAUAUAUAAAUACAGAGUAAUCAGUAUUUUAGAAUAGUGUGUGAUUAGGAUUUUUAAAUUUUUGUAUAUCUGCCAAAAGACUGUUAUUUUAUCAUUAUUAUAUUAUUGUAUACCAUAUAUGAAUAUGAUUGUGAAUUAGUAUUUUAAUUGACUUUUUAUUUAUUAAGCAGUUAAUGUAUUUAUAACUAGUUAUUACCUUCUAGCAAUAUUAGUGAAUAGAAGUUGUAGAGAUCAAAAUGUGUAAUACUACGAAAAUAUUGUUCCAUCGGUAGAUUAGAAUUAGAAAUAUGAUCAACACAAAACAUUUCUCAUUAUUUGAUCUGUGUGUCUCAGGGAUAGAGAUAAAAACAUUUUGUGGAAAUUAUUCCUAUAAUAA